UUCGAAGUUCGUCUAUUGGCAAUUGGCAUAAAUAUAAAAUCUUAAAACGGAAGUCCGAUGUAAUGUGCCUAUAAAAUAUAAAUGUUCGUAAAUGUAAAACAUCUGUGUUGUGGUUUAAGAAUUUUGUCUUCUGUAAUUUUUGCUCAGUUUUUGAUUUUUUGACCUGUGUUCGACGAAAGUUUUAAAGCAAUUAUCUAUUUCUGAAGUCGUUUGUUUCCCUCAUUUCCUAUUAUGAACGCGCUCAAGUGAAAACUUACAGAAAUUAGAAACUAUUCAGAUUCAGAACCAGCUUACUUGGUGACGGCUACGGCGAUAUCGUAUACUGGCAGUCUUCGUUCUUUGAACAGCAGCAAACAUGGGAUCGGAAAAGAAAAGCGUUUAUGAGUUCAUGGUGAAAGUCAACAGACCGUUCAGUAGCAACGAUGUGUUUUCAAAUCUACAGCGUAAUGGUAUCGGAAAGUCGGCCGUGGAAAAAGCUCUCGAUCAGUUGGUAAAGGAGAACAAGAUCUUCAUGAAGAUGAAUGGCAAGCAGAAGAUUUACUGUGUAGUUCAACCGGACUCGACGGUGGAAGACCAAAAUGAAAUUCAGUCGAUUGAUGAGGAGUUGGUGAAAACUAACGAGGCGUUGCGCGAAGUCGAGCGCAAGUACAAAGAAUCCGAGGUUGAAGUGAAAGCGCUCCAGGGCACCUACAGCACCGAGGAAGUAAAGCAAAAAGUGGCCGAAAUGGAAAAAACCGUAUCCGAACUAAAAUCGCAAUUGAAUCAAAUUUCGAAAACAAGUGGCGACGUAGUGUCAUCAAAGGAUAAAGAACAAGUGAAGAAGAAAUACGAAAUGGUCACCAAAGAAUACAGGAAACGCAAACGCAUGUGCAUGGACAUAUUGGACUCGAUCUUGGAGAACUGCCCGAAACCAAAGAAAGCUCUUUUCGAAGAAAUCGGAAUCGAAACCGACGAGAGCGUCGGCAUGCCGGCGCUUUGAUGACUGUCCUCGUUGCGCGUUAAAAUUAUUAUUAUUAUUUUUAUGUCUUUAAUACUUAUACU